AUGCAGUUUACUUUCUAUCACUUCGUUCUUCCUGUCAUCGCAUAUUUUCUCAUCACUGUUCCUCUGCGUCUCUGGAAGCGCAGAUCUGUGACUCAGAGAAUUCGUGGACCACCUCGUCCUUCAUGGCUGCUAGGUCAUGAAGUGUUUCUUCGUAGUCGUCAGCAUGUAGGCGACUUGGAAAUGGAAUGGUACCGACAGUACGGCACCGUAUACCGCACUGGCGGGUGUUUCGGACAAGAUGUUUUGUUCGUUGCAGACCCUAAGGCAUUGCAGUAUAUUUUCCAUUCAUCUGGAUACCGAUUCCCUAAGACAAGAGACACCUACCGGAUCAACGAAGCACUCACUGGACGAGGCAUAGUCACUGCUGAGGGCAACAUCCACCAACGCCAACGGAGAAUCCUUGGCCCUGCUUUUACGGCUUCCCAACUACGGCUUUUUCUGACCGUCUUCCAGGCAUCAGCCAUGAAGCUUACAGAAAAGAUCAAUGAGCACAUUGGGGAUGGCAAAGAGGUCAAUGUGCUCCAGUGGACGAGCAAGGCUGCAUUGGAUAUCAUAGGCAUCACGUCUUUCAGAUACAAGUUCAAUUCCCUUGACGGUGCACAAACUGAGCUGAUGACGGCGCUUAAUAAUCUCUUUGGCGAAUCUCUGUUGUGGCCGACAACGUGGGAGAUCCUGUUCACCGCUCUCUGGCGCGUACUUCCGGAAUGGGUGCUUUUACUGCUCGAACGGCUGCCUAGCAGAGAUGCUAUGCGACUGAAGCGAUUUAAGGACGUUGCCACGAAAGUAUCUCGGCCUAUCUUCGAGAAACAGCUGAGUGAAGUCGCCAAUGAUGCGAAUCCAGCUGAGAAGGAUAUUGUUAACGUUCUCGCAAUGUCUUAUCUCGCUGAUGAUAUGAAGAAGAGGAUGAGCGAUAUAGAAAUCGACUCCCAGCUAGCGACAUUUAUUUCAGCCGGUCAUGACACCACUGCGAACACGAUGGCCUGGCUUCUCUAUGAGCUCAGUCGUCACCCUGAGGAUCAAGCGAAAGUACGCAAAGAGAUCUCCAUAGCUAAAGCGAAAGCUCCAGGGGCGCUCACGUCGAGUGAUUAUGAUUCAAUGCCUUGGCUCAACGCUGUUAUUAAAGAAGUUCUUCGUUGUCAUCCUCUUCUGCAUGGUCUCUUUCGCGAACCGGCCCAGGAUGAUGUCUUACCUCUAGCCCAACCUAUCGUGACUUCGGAUGGUCAAUCAAGCUCAGAAGUUCCUAUUUCCAAGGGUCAAGUCAUUUUCGCCUCUGUGUAUACCUACAAUCACCUUCCAUCAGUAUGGGGGGACGACGCUGCCGAGUGGAAUCCUCGUCGAUUCCUUGAAGAUCGCGGAAUAAAGCAGGAAUCUCUUGGGGUCUAUGCGAAUUUGUUGACUUUCAGUGCCGGUAUUCGUGGGUGCCUUGGGUGGCGAUUUGCCGUCAUGGAGUUGCAAUCUGUGGUCACGGAACUUCUAAGAAACUUUGAGUUCAGCAUUCCGAAGGGAGCACCGGACUUACAGCAUGGUCCAGCGGGCAUCGGCUUAAUCCCCAUCGUUCCGGGGAAGGCGCAGGAGGGAUCACAGAUCCCGCUCGUUGUCACUCCUCUCAACAAGUAG